GUAUCACAGGGCGUCCUUGGGCGCUUGUUCCACGGAUUUAAUCGAGUGAGUCGUCACACGUAACUAGUGUCGAAAUGCCCUAACACCUGGAACAGGAAACAGUAUCACGGACAGGUUAAUGAUUUGAGAAAUGGAUGCUAGUAUGUUAGCAACUUACCAGUGCCUUGAAGACCUAUUUGAGAAUGAUAAUGCACCAUUUAGUUCUGACAUUAUCCCAUUGGCUUGUUGUGCUGGACUGUUUGCUGAAAAAACAGAACGACGAAAAGUCACUACAUUUUUGGACUGUGUAAAUCAAAUGUCUAGUGCUGAGUUUAGCCGUCAUUUUCGUGUUAGUGUGCAUGUAUUCCAGCAUAUUGUUGACAAACUGACCCCAAAUUUGAUCAAAGAAUUUCAUGGAGGCUAUCAACCGGUUUCUGUUGAGACACAGAUUUUGGUAUUUUUGUGGUAUGUUGCUAAUCAAAACAGUCAAAGAGAAAUAGCUUUGCUAUUUGGACUGAGUGAAUGGAGUGUUAAUACAAUUAUUCACAGUGUAGCCCAGUGCAUUUGUGAUAAAAGUGAUUGUUACAUAAAAAUGGCUAAUGCUCAGAGGGAAGUAGAAAUUUCUAAUUCAUUUUAUGAUUCAUGUGGCAUUGAUAACAUAGUGGGUGUAAUAGAUGGCACUCAUAUACCUAUUGUGAAUUGUCCUGGUGGUGAAAAUGAUUAUAUUAACAGGAAAGGAUUUCCAUCGGUACAGUUGCAGUUGGUUGUUGAUGACAAUUUAAUGAUAAUGGAUGCGUAUGUUGGAUGGCCAGGAAGCACACACGAUGCUAGAGUUUUAAGAAACUCUGCAUUCUUCAAUAAUGCAGAAACUGGAAGAGUAAUAUCUACCAGAAAAUUCAUCAUUGGGGAUGGAGCAUAUCCACUGAAGAACUGGCUAAUUACUCCAUACCGUGACAAUGGUCACUUAAGAAUCAAUCAAAGGAGAUUUAAUCGUGCCUUAUCGUCUGCUAGACAAUGUGUUGAGAGAGCUAAUGCACUUUUAAAGGGCAGAUUCAGACGUUUGCAGAAAUUGUAUUGUCAUAACAUUGAAGAUAUUUGUAAAGUAGUUCUAGCAGCUUGUGUCUUACACAAUUUAUGUAUUUUAUGUGAAGAUGAAAUUGAACAGUUCAUUGACAUGAAUCAAGCUCAGGAUGUCAACAACUAUCCCAACAUAUUUGCAAACAAUGCAGACGCUGUACAAAUUCGGGAUACCAUAGCAAAUACUUUGUAAGAUUUGAUGAUGCAGCAUACUUUUUUGUUUAAAAUAAAUGACAUUAUUGAGGGUCAAAAACAUAUUUUCAUUUUCCAUGGCAACAGUCGUUGAAAAUUCUCUGUCAUCUUUUGUUAUUAAUAGUUUCCAUGUGUAUUUUGUCGUUUAAGCAUUAUACCAACAUGAGUAUUUCUAAAGUCACACAAUGCAUUGUGUAAGAUUGUUUCAUUUUCUAUAAAGUAUCACUGUAUAUGGCCAGCAUAUAUGAAAUUAUUCAUGAUAUUCCUUUUAUCAUUUUUCUGCAGUAAAAAGUUUUAAAAAUAUAAUGG